UUUAAUUGUACGGAAGUCUUGCAAGCAAACAGCGCAUUGGGUCUAAAUUUUUUUCAAUGACUGUAUACAUAAUCCACAAACUAGGAACACGGUGUUAGUAAGGAGUACAUUUAUAACCGACAAUAUACAGAGUGUGAAUUGAAUGGAAAUGGACAAGUUUGUCGUGCGACUACCCAACAGGAAAACAACCAAAGACACAAAAGACAAAGAAAAGGUUUAUCGACAAGCAACUAUUGAGUCUCUCAAGAGAGUGGUUGUUAUAGAGGACUUUGAGCGGUACAAGGCAAUGUUGCAGCUGCCAAAACAGACCAAGGAGAAUCUGGUGCUUGCCCUGACUGAGUUAAACAAGAAGAUGCCGUCAAAGGAGAUUCUGAAGUCAACAAAAAUAGGUCACACUGUUAACAAAAUGCGCAAGCAUGCUGAUCCAGAGGUGAGCUCAUUGGCUAAAGAGGUCUACACUCAGUGGAGGACAUUUAUAGAAGAGAAUGCCAACAAACCUUCUAUUGAGGUCCGCAGUGACAAACAGUCUGAAACACUCAGAAACAAUGCAAGGAGACUUAUGGCCGAAACACUGGAUGUAAAGGUUGAUUGUGGGCUCGUUGACAACAUAGAGAGAGAGGUGUUCCACCAGAGCUCGCGGCUGGUCAGCGGCUCAUACAGACGGACUGUGAGAGCAUUGGUCUUUGCUUUCAAACACAAGCCUGAGAUCAGAAAUGAGGUAAAGGACAGCAAGAUCUCAGUCAACCAGCUGGUCACCAACCACAAGAAAUAAUGCCUGUGCCAAAAGGCCAGCAUAAGACUCAACGUUUAAGCCACUGGUAUAAGGAAGUCACCCUUUUAAACAUUCGAGAAGUCAGAGCACAUACUUGUUUUUAAUUUCUUAUUUUUUAUGAGAUGAGUGUUGAUAAAUAUUAGUGUCAGUUAUACUUGCAUUUGUAUGCUGUCAUGCCAAGAAUGUGGAUGAAGGAAUAUGUGCCAUACAUAACAUUCGGAUGUCUUGUACAUUUUAGUUUAAAAAAAUUACA